GUUUUGGGCAUGGAUUAGUUUGAAGCCAAGAGCUGGCUGUCCUUAUCUCCACCUCCAAAGGUGUAGCUCUUGCAGCACCUCCAACAGUGAGUGCUGAAGGCUGUGAAUGUUUUAGGUGGGACACAAAAAACAAGAGCAAGCCAGGAACCUUUCGCACCAAGCCAGGACACCCCUAGCUGUCCCUCCUCCCCGCGAGGUGUGCUCCGGGCUCCGUUGCCGCUGGGAUCCGAACUCCAAACCGCAGCUCGAUUGCUGGGAGGACUUCACCCCGAGCUCAAGUUGGUGGUUUUGGGGUCUGCAGCUGCCGUGCACAGCCUGGGAGGGGACGGAAGGUUGCUGUGCCAGCGGGCGAGGGAUCGUGCCCCGCCAGGGGAAGGGAUGCUGAUCGGCGAGCGGGGAGCGGCGCUCUCCCCCCGGCGGCAGGAGGCGGCGAGCAGAUGUGCUGCGGGGGAAGCGUGCCCCGGAACCCCCUUUUAAUCACCCUACUCCUGAAAAGCAGAGCACGAAAUGCCGUGUAAAGCCCUGCCCGGAGCCCCCGAGCCCGUCCUGCAGAAGUUGAUAAAAAGAUGAAAGCCCUGGUCAUGCUUUGCAGCAAAUUUCAUGUAACAUGCGAGGGGAACUGAAGCAGAAACCAAAGCCAAGGCAAAGCAGCGUCUGACCUUGUCACUGGGGGGCAGAAAACAGCCGCUGCUUCCACUGGUGCUUCCAUCAAACUCCCUGGGCAAUGUGGAAUUUCAGAGAGCUCACAAAGUGCAAGUUCCUUCCAGGUCCGUGGGGUGAAUAAAAAUUGUUAAUUCUUGGCUUGAUUUGUCAUCCUUUGGGGGAAAAAAAAAGGUAUGUCAGCCUGGCCAUUAUACAGUUAGACCAAGCACAACUGGAAGUGGGUUGCUCCAGAGAUGAGAGUGACUGAGGCCAGCAAAGCCAAGGAGAAGCCUGUUCAGCUGCACAUCUACCAGGGAUUCCUUGGAGAGGUGAUAAAGUGAGUAAUAAGGCAAAGUGGGAGUUAUAAAGUGGAUGCAACAGCUCCAGCAGAACUUCUUCUCACUGCCACAUAGGCUCGUUACAAAGCAACAAACGUUAUCUGGAAAUCCGUUUGGGGAAAAAAAUGCACUUUGAGCAUCUCUGCAGUUCUUGUGUCUGAAGCAUUGAUCAGGAAAAUCGGCAGCACAACGCCAACAAAGGAGAAGAGAAUAUGGUGAAGGCAGCUAAGGAAAUUGAGAUGGAGAACCCAAGAGAGGCAGAGACUCCCAGCACAGGGGCCACAUGUUCCCCACCAGAGGAACAAGCUAAAAAACCCUCCAUGCUGUGUUUUAAGAAACGGAAGAAGUCCUGUAAGAAGGGGCUGACUGUGAAGGAUGCGUGCGAAGGAGCCUCAGAGGAGAAAAGCCAGUGUGUCAGCGCUGACCAAGGGGAGGCCAAGGCUUCCAAUCCACCACGAUCCUCCAGAGGAACCUGGGCAGCCAUCAAAAACCUUGCCAGGCCUCAGAGAAGGCAGAAAUCCUCCUCACGGAAGAAGGUGCCCUCUGAUUCCCAAGUGCAGCUGGAGGUGGAUGCUGAGGAGAGCUGUGCGCAAGACCUCCCAAAGAAACGGGCGAGCUCUGGGGUGAAGAUGCCCUGUGUGAGGUUCUCCAGAGGUAAGAAAAAACCCAGCCCCUCAGAAGCAGUGGAGGAGUCAGAGGCCAGUGCUCAAGCAAAUGAAGUGAUGGGUGUUGUGAAUAAGGCUAUUGAAGAGCCAGAGGAUUCGGCCCCGACGGACAAGUCUGAAUCCCUCAGGCCAGUCUCUGCACAGGAGGAGCAGGAUACGGUGAAGCAGGAGCAGCAUAGAAUGAAGGAGGACCAGGAUACAAUGAAGACGGACCAGGAUACAAUAAAAAAGGACCAGGAUUCAGUGAAAGAGGACAACCGUACAGCAAAGGAAAAUGACACCUCUGUUGGGAAGAGUGAGCCCCUGACAGAGCCCACACGGGAUGCAGAACAUUCGGAGUGCACUGUUCAGCUGGAGAUAACUAGUUCAGAGACAUUUGAUGAAAUAGCCCAGGACAAACAGCAGGAAGUGAGUAUGCCCUCAGCCACAGACGAUGAGGAGGGCAGGGCAGUUGCUCCCGAAGUGCCUGCUUCUAAAGAUCAACCUGACAAUGCCCCUGAAAUCACAGAGUGCCAGGAAAUCCCUCAUGUCUGCAAAGAGAUGCCUGAAAGGGAUGAAUUGGAAAAGAGCAUAAAUCUUUCUAAGGAGUGCAAAGCUGAGGAGACUGUAACUGAUUUCAGUGAGUUGGCAUCCAGAGGUGAUGCAGCGAGUGUGCCGGAGGCAGCAAAUGUGCAGGAUGCAGUGAGUGUAAAGGAUGCAGUGAGUGUAAAGGAUACAGUGAGUGUGCAAGAGGCAGCAAAUGUGCAGGAUACAGUGAGUAUGCAGGAUGCCACAAGUGUGCAGGAGGCAGAGAGUGUGAAGGAUGCAGUGAGUGUGAAGGAUACAGUGAAUGUGAAGGAUGUAGUGAGUGCACAGGAAGCAGUGAGCGUGCAGGAUGCAGUGACUGUGCAGGAUGCAGCAAGUGUGAAGGAUGCAGUGAGUGCACAGGAUGCAGUGAGUGUGCAGGAUGCCACAAGUGUGCAGGAUGCAGCAAGCGUGAAGGAUGCAGUGAGUGUGCAGGAUACCAUCAGUGUGCAGGAUGCAGAGAGGGUGAAGGAUGCAGCAAAUGUGCAGGAUGCAACAGGCAUGAAGGAUGCAGCGAGUGUGCAGGAUGCCAUGAGUGUGCAGGAGGCAGCAAGUGUGCAGGAUGUCACAAGUGUGCAGGAUGCAGAGAGUGCACAGGAGGCAGCAAGUGUGCAGGAAGCAGUGAGUGUGGAGGAAACAGUGAGUGUGCAGGAGGCAGAGAGUGUGAAGGAUGCAGAGAGUGUGCAAGAUACAGCAAGCCUGCAGGAUGCCACAAGUGUGCAGGAUGCAGUGAGUGUGCAGGAGACAGUGAGUGCCCAGGAUGUAGCAAGUGUGCAAGAGGCAGCAAGUGUGCAGGAUGCAGUGAGUGUGAAGGAUGCAGCAAGUGUGGAGGAUGCAGCAAGUGUGCAAGAGGCAGCAAGUGUGCAGGAGGCAGCAAGUGUGCAGGAUGCAGCAAGUGUGCAGGAUGCAGCAAUUGUGGAGGAUGCAGCAAGUGUGCAGGAGGCAGCAAGUGUGGAGGAUGCAGCAAGUGUGCAGGAUGCAGCAAGUGUGCAGGAGGCAGCAAGUGUGCAAGAGGCAGCAAGUGUGCAGGAGGCAGCAAGUGUGGAGGAUGCAGCAAUUGUGGAGGAUGCAGCAAGUGUGCAGGAGGCAGCAAGUGUUCAAGAGGCAGCAAGUGCACAGGAAUGCUCCAGCCGUCAGAUACUGGAAGCAAAUGCAGGCGCUGGUGUCAGCAUCGUCAUCACCAUCACCGAAGCUGAGGACUCUGACAACACAGACUCUGACCAGGCCUAUGAGCCUUCCCCAGUUUUGCACCAAAAAAAGCAAAAAGGGAAUAAAAAAUCUAACAGGAACGCUGAUGUUGGUCAAAAAGAGGGCCCUGAGGCUGGUGGCAGUCCCCAGGCAGAGGAGAAGGGUCUGGGUGACCAGGGCCACAGAACUGGGGAGCAGUACGAGCUGCUCCUCAUAGAAACUGCCUCCUCCCUCGUGAAGGCGGCCAUUCAGUCAUCCAUAGAGCAGCUGGUCAACGAAAUGGCCCUGGAACAGAAUAAGCACAACAGCUUUCUGUGAUGGCAGCCUUGCCCAGAGAGAAAGGGCAGAGGGAGUGAUUUCAAGCUCCGUUUGGCCUGCGGGAUGUGAGGAGAACUGGGAGAGCUCCCGGGGCCGCGGUGUGGUUCAUUCUGCAUGCCCGUUCAGUUGUGUCCAUGUGAAACGAUCCCGGGACGUGGGCAGGCCCUGCUGAGGGCAGCGUGUCCCCUGGGCCUUCAGACAGCGCCACUGGCCACAGCUGCGGAAACAUUAAGGUGUUACAGUGACUGUAUUUCCACUUAUUGGCACAUUUCUGUCACGGCCACAUCUCUGCUGUCCCCCAUGCCCUGUUUCCCUGCUGUUCUCGCUGUAGAUCUGUGCAUACCACGUGUUGGAAGAAAGGCCCUGAGAGGCAGCGAGUGCCCGACCUGCUGCUGGGGUGGAUCCAGGGCACACUGAAACAUCUGGAGCCUCGCUGGGCCUUUAUUGCAGAUGAGGAAGAGCAAAGUGUCUGCAAUAUUAACAAGAAAUCAUCAAUGCCAGGCUGUGCUUUGUGCUGUGACUGGCCCUCGCUAGGCCCGGGCGCCAGGAGCCGCGGUCAGUGCUGUGGCCCGGAGCCGGCGGGUUCCAGCGAGCUCUCUCCUUCCUUCCUUCCCUCGGCCUCUCCCCUGUCAGGAGCAGCCUGUGCAUCUCCAGACACGCUAAAGCUCAGCACAUAAGCCUCGCCCUGCUGACCCCGGGCUGAAAACGACAGCGCUUCGUCUGCUGGGGGAGCCUUUCUCGCACCAUUGAACUCGACGGGCACAAUUCCCUGCGGGAUCACGGGCUUGGCCGGGCAGGAGCAGCCCUGCCGCCGCCAGCCCCUCGCCCCCCUCGCCUUCCUCCAUCCCCAUCCCGGUGUCGUGCUGAAGCUCUCCUCGGAUGUAGCAUAUUUUUUUAUCCAUGGCAUGCGAUAUAAAUAGCAGUGAGCUGCAUGCGUGUUAGCAGUCAGCAGAGUUUGGGAAGCUGCAAUGUGCUGCCGGCACAGGCUGGGAUUGCUUUGGUUUGGUCUGAGUGCCGCUGGCAUCCCCGGCUGCUGGCGGAGCCUGUCCCGCACCGCUCCCCCCUCAAAGCCCUCCCGCCUCCAUCCAGCCCAGGCAUCCCUUGGGAAUCGCAUUGUGCCCGGCUCGCUGCCACCAGGCUCUGGCACGCCAUGGAGCUCGCUCUGAAACAUGCAGGGAAAUGAUGGAACAAUCUUACCAAAGUCCUCAGGGAAAAAAAAUCCUGACAUGAGGACAUGGCUGGAAAAUGCCUGGACAAUCCUACUGCUGUCAGACCCCAGAACUGCCCUGCCCGAGGGGUUUGCACCAUGUGUGUGUGUGUGUGAGCAUCACCUCCAGCUACCAGCACCCCAGGAGAAAGGAGCCUUUUAAAAAUAUGGGAUUGCAUCUGCGUGGCUGGGAUUUGUGUCCAGCUGUGGGCAAGGCAGCGUGUUCCUCUGAGAGAAUUCUCCUGCGUGUUCCUCAGCUGGCACAGAAAUAGCAGCCGUGCUUGGUGAUUGCUCACUGACCGUGCACUGAGAUUUCCCUGCCCAGCACAGGCUUUGGAUUCCUGCUGAAAUACAAGGGCUGUACCUGUCCCUCCUAUCUGGUGCACAAACAUGUUUUAAACCUUGAUAAAACAGCUCCUCGAUAUCACGAGAGGACUGCCAGCAGCAAGAGCCACAGCUCAUCUCUGUGCAAGUGAAACUUAAAAAAACCCAGAGACUGGUAAAGAAAAAAAGUGUCUUUUUCUUCCUGUGAAUUUGUUUAUUAUUGAUAAUUGAUUUGUUAAUUAUUGAUAAUUCAGUGUGUACAAUUUUAAUGGCUUUGUACUUCAUACUGGUCCUUCCAGGUAUUUUGCCAUAGUUUUGAAAAAUGGACUUUUAAAGGACUUUUAGACAUACCUUUGGAGCUGCCACAGCUCACCGUAGGAAAAGCCAUCCUGGUACUGGGAGAGGCUUACAGGAUUACACUGGGCACUGUGGCAGGCUGGUGCUGAGCAGAGGGCUGCAGCAUUGCUGUGGGAUCCCACUGGAGUCAGCUGCAGAGGAGGAUGUCCAAGCUUUAGUAAAUAAACACAAAAUAACCCCCCAGGGCCAGGCUGUCAGCCUGCUAAGCUGUUUUGGGAGGAUUUGGUGUUAUUUCAGUACUGCCUUCUAGGCGAAACACGUCUUCAAAAAAGGAGGAGAAUGGCAAAAAUGCCCAGUCCAGCCCUGCCCUGUGACUUUCUCCAUGUCAGGGGUUGUGUUUGCAUCCUCUCUUGUGUCUGGUUUUCCCUCUGUUAUAGCUGUACAUAGAACUGAUGAUUAUUUCAUUAAAGCUGAAUGUACCUGU